AUGGUGGUGGACGUCUCGGGGUUCUCGGGCAUGUGCGAACGCUUCGCGCAAGGCUUUGUGCCCGACGGCGGCUGGAGGCAAAGGAUGAAGGGCAUCCCAUCCCUGAACGUCGCCGCGGGAAGAGGCGCGGGCGCGCGCGGCGGCGACGGGGGCCGUGGCGGCGGCGUCCGCCGCAGCGGAGCCUCCCACGCCAGCGUGAUAACGUCCCUCUACCGCCUGUCCAACGAUAAGGAGACCAAGGGCUUUGGGGCAGAGGGCGUGCGGGACGCCCUCAACUUGACCCUCAGCGCGCUGAUCUCGACGGUGGAGAGGCACGGAGGAGACGUCCUCCGGAUAGCGGGGGACGCGCUGAUCGUCUUGUUCCACCAGGGCGGGGCUGGAGUCUCGCACUUCGAGCUUGCCGACCUCUGCUUGGCGUGCACGCGGUGUGGGUGGCAUUGCGCCGCAUCGGUCGGAACUGAGGCGGGCGGCGGCGGUGGCAGCGGAGGACUUUCCGUGCACGUAGGCGUCGGCUGCGGGCGGGUCAGCUGCUUUCACGUCGGAAGCGACCGGCUGGGGUGGCAGCUGGUCGUUAGCGGUGGGCUCUUCGAGAACCAGGUGGCCAAGGCGCUAGACGCCUCGGGUGCCGGGGAGGUGGUCGUCUCCGACCAGGUGUGGCAGCACCUGGCGGGCACCGGCUGGGGUUCCAGCCCGACACAAGGGGAAGUCGGAUCCUCAUCCCCUCACGGGUUACGCCUGCUCCAUUGGACACCCGGACCUGGCCUAGGAGGGCCCGAAGUGGGCUGCUGGGACGACGACGUCGACAGUAGCAGCAGCAGUAGUGCCGCUGCCGGGCGCGGAGAAGGGGGCGCGGCUUCGAUGGCCCCUGCUCAUGGCGGGGCAGGGGUGCUGGCAGGGGACGGGGGCGUCAACAGCAGCAGCAGCAGCAAGGGGGUUUUUGAUUCGCCCCCCCUGGUGCCCCCCCCCCCCAAGAUGGCGGUACCGCGGAGGUCUUCGUAUUCGGGGGGGGGUAGGGUUGGCCCCGCGGCGGCGGCGGCGGUGGCGGCGGCGGCGGCGGGAGGCGGGAGAGGCGUUUCAGGACCGUUGCACGGAAGAUCGGUGUCGUUAGAUCAUCCUGCGUCCGGGGCGGCGGGGGGGAGGGUCACUUCCGGCGGAAGGUGGUGCCCUUCUCGCAGGCGACUGUCCCUCCUGGAGGAGGUGGAGACGGGGGUGAUGACCAUGCUCUCGAAGGAAGUCGGCCGGGCUCUGAGGGGCUACUGUCCGCAGUCGAUCAGGGAAGGGUUGGUGGCGGAGAGGCUCGGCCUCCUGGCAGAGCUUCAGAGGGUGGCCGUUCUCUUCGUCGGCCUCUCCUUCGAAGGCGUUGACAGCAGCAUCAGCAAGUCACCCAAAACGCCGCAACCCACUGGAACCCCCGGGAGAAUACCCAGGGAUUCGACGCGCCCCUCACCCGGGGGGAGUUCCAUCGCCCUCCCGGCAGGCCCGGGGUUAGGGGCUGCGGCUGCGGCGGCGGCGGAUGGUAACAAUCCGAUGGAUUCAGGUCAUGGACGGGCGGGGGCGGGUUAUGGUGCCGGGCCGAAGGAGAGCGAUCGCGGCAAGGGUAGUGGGGCGGUGGCGGAGACGGCGAGCGGACCGGCUGUGUUGUCGCUGGAGCUGCUGCAGGGGAGCUUCUCGCUCCUGCAGAGCAUCGUGGCGAGCCACGGGGGCGUGAUCAAGGAGCUUUCCGUCGACGACAAGGGCACGGUUUUGGUAGCGGGGUUUGGCUUGUCUCCGCAAGUGGGGCAUCUUCCUGCCGCCCGUGCAGCCCUCUGCGCCAUGGAAUGCACGGACAGGCUGCGGGCCCGGGGACUCGCGCGGUGCCACGCGGGGGUGGCCACUGGGCCGGUGUUCUGCGGCUCUCUCGGCUCUGAAGACAGGCGGGAGUUCGCGAUGAUCUCGGAGACGGUUAACUUGGCACAGCGGCUCAUGAGCGCCAGGAAGAGCCGGAGGCUCCGGCCUAAGACCCAGGCGGGCAAGACGAACAGCAGCACCACCGGCAGAAGCACCGUCACUUCGCCGUCGCCGAAGAACCAGAAAGGGAACGUCAGAAUCAGCACUAAUGUCGACAAGACGGCUGUAGACGGCUGUAGUGUCGGCAGCCCUGCCGCCGCGGUGGCGGCAAGAAUAAUAACUGGAAAUAGGCCAGACUCGGCGCUACAGAGGGGGGAACAGCAAGAGAUGGACGCCGGGUUUCCUUUGACGCCGUUGGCGACACCAACCUCGCAACGGAAGAAACUAGGGGGGGAGGGGGGCGUUGGGGUGGACUUGUGGGAGGGAUCGUUCAAUAGGUGGGUCGUGCUUGAAGCGGAGACUCUUAACGAGGCGAGAAAAACGGACCAGCUGGCGUUCUUGGAGCUCGAGGCUAUCAAGGUUAAAGGGAAGACUUCCAAGGUGGACGUGUUCGCACCCAGUCUCGCCGACGACGUUGCCGCUGGCCUGGCGGCGCUGUGCCCGCCCAGAAGCGCGGUGGCAGAUAUCUCGGGCCGCCUGAGAGACGCUUCGCAAGGCGGCAGUACAAGCACAACGCCGGACCCCGUCCUGGGCAGCAUGCGCGGGGCACCCGCUCCCGCCCCUCCGGGAGUGAUCCUGGGAGGCGUCGGCGGGCGCAGUGGCAGAGUACCCCCGCCGCCGCCGCUGCCCCCACAUGGCGCUAUCGAUCUCCCCGCCAGUGGUGGGUCAGAGGCAGUGGUUGGUGCUGGUGCGGUGUUUGGCGGAACCGUUCUCCGGAACGAUUCGUCGCUGGACGACUCGAAACGCUACCGGCUGGAAACCCCGGGGCGGGGAAAAUUUUGGGAAGGUGAGGCGGGGGCGCGCGGUUGA